GGGUCAGCCCUUGGGCCGGAGCGGGGAGCUGCAGCGGGCGUCGUGCGGCUGUGGGUGCUUCCCGGCCGGAGAAGGGGGGCUCCGGCACGGUUUUAGGUGCUUUCCCAACACGGCUGUGCUUGGCAGAGGUGAGAACCCCCAGAUCUCGGUGGGUGGGAUGCCCAGAGCUCCUCAGAGCAUCCGCAGGCACCUGCACAACCGGCCGUGCACCGGCCUGACCCGACGUUCCGGGAGCUGCCGGCCCGUCUGGGACUGAGGCGCAGGAGGAACGGGGACGGGUGCCAUGUGGCAGGGACCGGGACAGGGCUCACCCGCUGCAUGUUUACAGGAUUCGCGUGUGCAUCGGGGAAGCACUGGUGUGGGGCUGGCUGCGGUGGGGAGGUAGCUGGAGAGGCUGAGCAGAGGGAGCGGGUUCAAGGGAUGGGAGAUGGAUUACGGCCCUGUGGGUGCCUCUUGGUGGGGAGGGUUUUUUUCCUGUAAAGAUGCACUUCAAGGGAAAUGAAAUUGGGGAUCAGGGUUCCCCUGUCACAUCCAGUGCAAUGCUCCUGCGUGGUGGCUGGGAGCCGGCAUGGUCUGUCAGGGAAGGAGCCUGUGGAAAUCUGUCUCCGAAUAACAUCCCUGCUUGAGUUGGGACAGAGGAGCAGCAGCUUCACUUCUGUCUGUUCUCCUUGAGGCAAGUCAGGACAGGUCUGUGAAAAGGCCAGUUUCCCUUCAGCGAGCAAGAAAGUGGUCUCUCCCCCACCCCAAAUGCUGAGAGCAAAGUCUUCUCUCAGCAGCAGUUGCUCAGAGGUGAGCAAACAGCCUGCUCUGCAGACGGGCACACGCGCAGGGGCUGCCGUAGUGGCCGAGCAGCGUGGCUGGAGCCCAGGCAGCUGCCGGAGGGUGGCCAGGCGCCAGGGAGGCCGUUCCUCGGUGGCUGACACUCCUGAUGCUCCCCCAGGCCAACGGAGAGGCGAUGCUGGAUCUGUGCGCUGCGGAGCGGACAGCUGCUGCCGCAGGGUGUUGGGAGUGUUUCUGGGGGGCAGCUCGGCACCUGGGCGCGGGGAGAAGUUGACCCUGCUUGGAGAAAGAGGUUGAAGUUUGCAGAGGCUCGCAACGCGAGAGGUUAUUGUUUUGCCUUACUUUAGCCAUUGAUGGUGUCUGUGCAGACGUGGUUCGUGCUGAUCCGUUCCCGCUUAUCUCUCUCAGAACAGCAUGGCGCGACGCACACGGAGCAGCAGGGCCUGGCACUUCGUCCUGAGUGGGGUGCGGCGCGAGGCGGACACCCGGGCAGUCGCCUUGGCCACCGGCACGCGUGGUUGGGGCUACGACUCUGACGGGCAGCACAGCGACUCAGAUUCAGAGCCAGAGUUUUCUUCCCUCUCGCCUUCCAUCCCGAGUGCCAUCCCCGUGACCGGAGAGUCCUACUGCAACUGUGAGAACCAGAGUGAAGCGCCAUACUGCUCCAGCCUGCACGCCCUCCACCGCGUCAAGGACUGCCAGUGUGGCGAGGAGGAUGAGUAUUUCGACUGGGUGUGGGAUGACCUGAAUAAGUCGACGGCCACCCUGCUGACCUGUGACAACCGCAAGGUGAACUUCCACAUGGAGUACAGCUGCGGCACUGCCGCCAUCCGUGGGAACAAAGAGCUGGCGGACGGGCAGCACUUCUGGGAGAUCAAGAUGACGUCCCCGGUCUAUGGCACAGACAUGAUGGUGGGAAUCGGGACGUCGGAUGUGAAUCUGGACAAGUACCGCCACACCUUCUGCAGCCUGUUGGGCAAGGACGAGGACAGCUGGGGACUCUCCUACACUGGACUACUGCAUCACAAGGGAGACAAAACAAACUUCUCUUCGAGGUUUGGCCAAGGCUCCAUCAUCGGGGUGCACUUGGACACGUGGCACGGGACGCUCACGUUCUUCAAAAACCGCAAGUGCAUAGGGGUUGCAGCUACGAAGCUGCAGAACAAGAAGUUUUACCCCAUGGUGUGCUCGACGGCGGCCAAGAGCAGCAUGAAGGUGAUCCGCUCCUGCGCCAGCUGCACGUCCCUCCAGUAUCUCUGCUGUUACCGCCUGCGCCAGCUCCUGCCCGACUAUGUGAACACGCUGGAGGUGCUGCCAUUGCCACCGGGACUCAAGCAGGUGCUACACAACAAACUGGGGUGGGUCUUGAGCAUGAACUAUAGCAUGUCGAAGCCUUCCUCCUCCUCCUCGGGAAGCGACUCAGACAGCUCCUGUGGCUCAGAUGCAGAGGCCUGCCAAAGGAAGAGGUGCAGGAGGACAUAACGUCUCUGCAGAUGAACUGCUGUGAGGGAGUUGGGUGGGGUUUUGUUCCGCCGGCCAGGCCUGACGCCUCUUUCUUCACGAGGACUUCCAUUUCUACUCGUUUGCAAAGAUUUCUCUUAUGCUGUUGGAAAUCUUUAGCCCAAACACCCAUCAAAUGCAGUGAAAAGACUUCUCCAAGAGGUCCCAGCUCUGUGAAACAGGUAAACCGCAGCCAAUUAUUUGAGCUCCAUCUCUUGACUUGCUAUCAAAGCCAUCACCUCUCCCUGAAGGAUCCCUCUUCUCUGCGGACUGUCAGCAGAGACAAGAUUUAAGGCGGCCUCUUGAUUUCAAAGCAUGCUAGGCUCUGGUCAGGUAACGGCCUUGACUCAUCAAAAGACAAAAUCACAGACCAGUGUCCCCCUCCCAGCUCCUGUGUGUUGGUUUGGUAUCUGUGAUGAACUCGUCCCGCUGCGGGGCACGAUCGAGCAGCAGCACGUAGGGAAACGGGCUCCCAGAGAUGCCGCUGUUGUGAAAGAGCGGUUACUUGCACGCAGUGAGCUGUUGGUGAUCUUUCUUGAGCCCCCCGAUGACUUUAGUUGCUUUGCAUGUUGGCUCCUGCUGCUUCUUCUGUAUCAAAGACUGUAUUAAACUGUAAUAAUAAAAGUAGAGACUGUC